GGAGGGCACAGCAGGCUUUGUUUACACAGCAAUCCGACCACAGCCUGUUAGCCUUCGCUGCUGUGUUCUUCUUCAGUAAAUGUGAAGGGAGAGCGUUUGUUGGGAGGAAUAUCGAGCUAGAAGAUUGCAACCUUUUUUUAACCCCUACUAGUGUGGUGAAAUAGUUCACACAAGGUAAAACAGAGAACAUAUUGUUCUUCACUUUUGUGUGAUUUUACUUUUUUUAAGUAAAUAUCGCCCUCCCUUGCGUUUUCAUUGGACAAAGCAGAGGAUUUGAACUUCUUCACGCUCAUCUCGUGCCUUACUGAUUCAUCACAUUGUGGGGAUUUAGAGGAAUUGGUGAACUGAGGCGUUCUGGAUAUACAAAAGGUUGAUCUUCUUUAAAGCCCUUGAAAGGAUUUAAUGCCGUCUUAAGUGGGCAGGUUCCCUUUGCUGGGCUAUGCUGGGGAACCCACGUUUAUACUGUAUCUGAGAGAAAUAUCUUGGAGAGAAAUCCAACAGCAAAGGGCCAUGGAAUGGGACCACAGAGAGAGGGAGCCCUGCUUGUCUCCUGCAGCAUUUGUCAAUCAGGUGCAAUAUUCCAACAUCCUGGAAGGAAGAUUCAAACAACUGCAAGAUGAGCGUGAAGCUGUCCAGAAGAAGACUUUCACCAAAUGGGUGAACUCCCACUUAGGCCGUGUAACUUGUCGCAUUGGUGACUUAUAUACAGACCUGCGUGACGGCCGCAUGCUUAUCCGCCUGCUGGAAGUGCUCUCAGGAGAACAGCUGCCAAAGCCCACUAAGGGCCGCAUGCGUAUCCACUGCUUGGAGAAUGUUGAUAAAGCCUUGCAGUUCCUCAAAGAGCAAAAGGUCCAUCUAGAAAACAUGGGGUCACAUGAUAUUGUGGAUGGGAACCACCGUCUCACACUGGGUCUCAUCUGGACCAUCAUUCUUCGCUUCCAGAUUCAGGACAUCAGCGUUGAAACGGAGGACAACAAAGAGAAGAAAUCUGCUAAAGAUGCCCUUCUCCUUUGGUGCCAAAUGAAAACUGCCGGCUACCCUAAUGUCAACAUCCACAACUUCACUACCAGCUGGAGGGAUGGUCUAGCGUUCAAUGCCAUCGUGCACAAACACAGACCUGACCUGAUUGAGUUUGACAACCUGAAAAGGUCCAACGCUCACUACAAUCUACAGAAUGCUUUCAAUGUGGCUGAGAAGGAGAUGGGCCUUACUAAGCUCCUGGACCCAGAAGAUGUUAAUGUGGAUCAACCGGACGAGAAGUCCAUUAUUACCUAUGUAGCGACUUACUACCAUUACUUCUCAAAGAUGAAGGCCCUAGCAGUGGAGGGCAAGCGAAUUGGCAAGGUUUUGGACUAUGCCAUUGAGGCGGAUCAGCUUAUAGAGAAGUAUGAGACCUUGGCUUCAGAGCUGCUGGAGUGGAUUGAGCAGACCAUAGUGACUCUAAAUGAUCGGCAGUUGGCUAACUCGCUCAGCGCUGUGCAGAAUCAGCUUCAGGCUUUCAAUUCUUACCGGACUGUGGAGAAACCGCCCAAAUUUACGGAAAAAGGAAACUUGGAGGUUCUUCUUUUUACUAUCCAGAGCAAGAUGAGAGCAAACAACCAGAAAGUUUACAUGCCAAGAGAAGGAAAACUAAUCUCUGAUAUCAAUAAGGCAUGGGAGCGGCUUGAAAAGGCAGAGCAUGAACGUGAGCUGGCCCUCAGAAAUGAAUUAAUCCGCCAAGAAAAGCUAGAGAUGCUCGCGGCACGGUUUGACCGCAAGGCUGCUAUGCGGGAAACAUGGUUGAGUGAGAAUCAGCGCUUGGUGUCUCAGGACAAUUUUGGAACCGACUUGGGCGCUGUGGAAGCUGCCACCCGUAAACAUGAGGCAAUUGAGACAGACAUUGGUGCAUACUGGGAGCGCGUGGCUGCUGUUGAGGCUGUGGCCAAAGAGCUGGAGGCAGAGCGAUACCACGAUGUCCGGCGUGUGCUCGCAAGAAGGGAUAAUGUGCUUCGUCUCUGGGAAUACCUCAAGGAGCUUCUGGCAGCACGCAGAGAGCGACUAAAUGCCCAUCGUGACCUCCAGAGGCUCUUCCAAGAAAUGUGCUACAUAAUGGACUGGAUGGCUGACAUGAAGAGUCGUCUCCAGUCCCAAGAUAGUGGCAAACAUUUGCAUGAUGUUUUGGACCUACUUCAGACACAUAAUCUAGUAGAGGCUGAUAUUUCAGCUCAGGCUGAAGGAAUCAAAGCAGUGCAGGGAGCUGCAAAUCGCUUCACUUCCCAUGAUCAAGCUUACAAACCAUGUGAGCCAGGACUUGUAAGUGAAAAAGUUGACCUACUGGGCCAAGCCUAUGAGGAGCUUGGUCAACUUGCGGCACAACGCAGAGAACGCCUUGAGGAUUCUCGGCGCCUGUGGCAGUUCCUGUGGGACCUGGGCGAGGAGGCAGCCUGGAUCCGAGAACAAGAACAGAUUCUGACCAGUGGGGAGUGUGGCCGGGACCUAACUUCUGCCCUUCACCUAGUCAGCAAACAUGAGGCGUUCACGGAUGAAAUGGCAGCCCGCUAUGGCCCUCUGAGCAACAGUAUUGCUGCAGGGGAAGCUUUAGUUGACGAGGGACACUUUGGAGCCCCGGAAGUCACAGAGAAUAUUAAAGAUAUCCGUGCACAGUGGACACAUCUGGUGGAGACAACAAAGCUCAGAGAACAGAAGCUUAAGGACUCAGUGGCCAUGCAUCAGUUUCAAGCAGAUGCUAAUGACAUGGAGGCAUGGCUAAUGGAAACUCUAAGGCAGGUGUCUACUCAGGAAAUGGGUCACGACGAGUUCUCCACCCAAACUUUAGCUCGCAAGCAGCGAAAAAUAGAGGAGGAGAUUAAGAGCCACCAGCCUCUCAUUGACUCCCUGCACGAGCAAGUCCAAGCACUGCCACAAGCCUAUCUUCAAUUUCCCCAGGUGGAGGGUCGACUACCAGCUAUUGAGCAGCGCUACAAAGAGCUACAAUCCCUCUCGGCGGCUCGGCGACAGGCACUGGAAGGUGCUUUGGCACUCCAUCGCAUGUUCAGUGAGGCGGGCGCCUGCCAACUGUGGGUGGAAGAAAAAGAGAAGUGGUUACAUGGCAUGGAUAUCCCGACCAAACUGGAAGACUUGGAAGUGGUUCAUCAAAGGUUCGAGACCCUGGAACCAGAGAUGAACAACCUAGGAACUCGUGUCACUGAUGUGAACCAGGUGGCUGAGCAGCUGUUGACCUUUGACAAUUGUAACAAAGACCAAAUCUACCAAACACGCGACCACCUGAACAAUAGGUGGAAAGAAUUUGAAAAACUGUCUGGUCAAAAGAAACAAGGCCUUGAGUCAGCCCUUAACAUCCAGAACUACCACCUGGAGUGUAAUGAGAUCCAAUCAUGGAUGAAAGAAAAGACCAAGGUUAUUGAAUCCACUCAGAGCUUGGGAAAUGACCUGACUGGAGUGAUGGCACUGCAGCGAAAACUCACAGGCAUGGAGAGAGACCUGGAAGCUAUUCAGGGAAAAUUAAAUGACCUGCAAGAGGAGGCAGAAAAACUGGCCAAGGAACAUCCAGAUCAAGCUGAUGAGAUUCUAGGUCGCCUGGCGGAGAUACAAGAAGUGUGGAAGGAGUUGAACUCCACCAUGAAACGACGUGAGGAGUCACUGGGCGAGGCCAGUAAGCUGCAAGGCUUCCUCAGGGAUCUAGAUGACUUCCAGUCGUGGCUCUCCCGCACUCAGACAGCUGUGGCGUCAGAGGACAGUCCCACCUCUUUACCUGAGGCUGAGAGUUUACUAGCCCAGCAUGAAAACAUCAAAAAUGAAGUGGACAACUAUAAAGAGGACUACGAGAAAAUGCGAGUUGUCGGUGAUGAGGUUACCCAGGGUCAGACGGAUGUCCAGCACAUGUUCUUGGCACAGAGGCUCCAGGCUUUGGAUACUGGCUGGCAUGAGUUGCGGCAAAUGUGGGAGAACAGACACAGUCUUUUGGCCCAAGCCUUUGACUUUCAGACUUUCUUGAGGGAUGCAAAGCAGGCAGAGGCCUUCCUCAAUAGCCAGGAGUAUGUGUUGUCCCACACAGAGAUGCCGACAAGUCUUCAGGGAGCAGACAAGGCCAUUAAGAAGUAUGAAGAUUUUCUCACUACCACAGAAGCCAGCGAGGAAAAGAUAACUGGUGUUGUGGAGGCAGGGCGGCGCCUCAUUAACGACGGCAACGCAAACUCCGAUAAGAUUCAAGAAAAAUUGGAUUCUAUUCAGGAAAGGCAUCUAAAGAAUAAGAAGUCUGCCAAUGAAUUGCUGGCAAAACUUAAGGACAAUCGUGAACUGCAGCACUUCCUUCAAGAUGGACAGGAGCUUACAUUAUGGAUCAAUGAGAAAAUGCUGACUGCUCAGGACAUGUCGUAUGAUGAAGCCAGAAAUCUUCACAGCAAGUGGCAGAAACACCAGGCCUUCAUGGCAGAGCUGGCUUCGAACAAAGACUGGUUGGACAAAAUUGACAAGGAGGGCCAGGCUCUUGUGGCAGAGAAGCCAGAAUUAAAACCUGUUGUCCAGCAAACCCUAGAAGACCUACAGCACCAUUGGGAGGAGUUAGAGAGCACCACCCGCACCAAAGCCCAAUGCUUGUUUGAUGCCAACCGUGCAGAGCUGUUCACACAGAGCUGCUCUGCUCUGGAUGGCUGGGUGAAAAACCUAGAGAGUCAGCUGCAAAGUGACGAUUACGGAAAGGAUUUGACAAGUGUCAACAUCCUGCUCAAUAAGCAUCAGAUACUGGAGAACCAAAUGGAGGUCAGAGAGAAGGAAGUGCAGUCCCUGCAGUCUCAAGCCUUGGCUUUGUCUCAGGAAGACGCUGGACUAUCUGAGGUAGAUGGCCAACAAAGGCGUGUCACAGACAGCUUUUCCAGCCUUCAAGAUCCUCUUAAACUGAGGAGACAGAGACUACUGGCAUCCAAAGAAGCACACCAGUUCAACAGAGAUCUGGAAGAUGAAAUAUUGUGGGUAAAAGAGAGAAUGCCAUUGGCAACAUCUACAGACCAUGGAAAAGAUCUUCCCACUGUACAGCUUCUUAUCAAGAAGAACCAGACAUUGCAAAAGGAAAUCCAGGGACAUCAGCCCCGUAUUUAUGACAUCCAGAAACGUGGCCAGACACAAAGCCAGCUAGAUGGAGAGCGACAAUCUGCUCUCGAGGAGCGUCUUGUUGAGCUGAAGGAUCUUUGGGACCAACUGAUUGGUGAGACGGACAAACGUCAUGCUCGCCUAGUGGAAGCCAAUCGUGCCCAGCAGUUCUACACUGAUGCGGCAGAGGCAGAGGCCUGGAUGGGAGAACAGGAGCUGCACAUGAUGUCGGAAGAAAAGGCCAAGGAUGAGCAAAGUGCUUUAGUGAUGGUGAAAAAGCACGAGAGCUUGGAGCAAGCGCUGGAAGACUACGCCCAGACCAUCCACCAGUUGGCCAACAGCAGCCGACUAAUGGUCACCAGUGAACAUCCAGAGAGUGACAGAAUCACAUUACGACAAGCACAAGUUGACAAGUUGUACGCUGGGUUGAAAGAUCUGGCCGAGGAACGCCGCGGCCGGCUUCAGGAGAGACUCCGUCUGACCCAGUUAAAGAGAGAGGUGGAUGACUUGGAACAGUGGAUUGCAGAACGAGAGGUCGUUGCUGGCUCCCAUGAACUAGGACAGGACUAUGAGCAUGUCACUAUGCUGAGAGACAAGUUUCGCGAGUUUGCUCGUGACACCAGCACAAUCGGCCAAGAGCGCGUAGACUGCGUGAAUGGCCUGGCAGAUGACCUCAUUGAAUCUGGUCACCCGGAGAACGCUAGUGUGGCCGAGUGGAAGGAUGGGCUGAAUGAGGCCUGGGCCGACCUGCUGGAACUGAUUGACACGCGCACACAAAUGUUGGCCGCUUCCUACGAGCUGCACCGCUUCCAUCAGGAUGCCAUGGAGGUUCUCGGGCGCAUUAGGGAGAAGCGGCAGGCGCUACCGUCCGACCUUGGCCGGGAUCUGAACACUGUCCAGCAUCUACAUAGACAACACAAUACUUUUGAAAAUGACAUCCAAGCCCUCAGUGGACAGGUCAACCAAGUGCAAGAUGAUGCUGCACGACUGCAGAAAGCCUACGCUGGAGAGAAAGCGGAUGACAUUAACAGGAGUGAGCAUGCUGUGACCUCUUCCUGGGAGGGUCUUCUGGAGGCUGGCGAAACCCGCAGGGUGCUCCUCCUGGACACGGUGGAAAAGUUCCGCUUCUUCAACAUAGUGCGAGACCUCAUGCUCUGGAUGGAUGGAGUCAACCUGCAGAUCGAUGCACAUGACAGCCCCAGGGACGUAUCUUCUGCUGGGCUUGUCAUUGCCAAUCAUCAGGACAUCAAGUCAGAAAUCGAGACCAGGGCGAAUAGCUUUACAGCCUGUAUUGACAUGGGGAUCACGCUAAUCAACAAUAAUCACUAUGCUACCGAUGAGAUCCGGGAAAAGCUCGCCCAGCUACAAGAACAGAGGGACAAGAUCAACAAAAAGUGGCAGGACAAGAUGGACUAUUUGCAAAUUAUGCUGGAAGUGUUGCAGUUUGGUCGUGAUGCCUGCGUCGCAGAGUCUUGGCUGGCCGGUCAAGAACCUCUGGUGCGGGCAGCAGACUUAGGUUCCAAUGUGGAUGAGGUGGAAAGUCUAAUAAAGCGCCAUGAGGCCUUCGAAAAACUUGCCGCUUCCUGGGAGGAGCGCUUUGUGAUGCUGGAGAAACUGACCACACUCGAGGAGCAGGAAAUGGAGAGGAGGCGAGAAGAAGAGGAAAGAGCACGAAGACCCCCCACUCCACCCUUGGCAGAAGUGGCACCCUCCGAGGUAGAAAGUCAAAUACACGACUCUGCAGCCAGAACCAGUCUCGAUCAGACGACACUGAAUCAGUCGGCGUCAGUGAAUGGAGUUCACAGCGACAACGAUACAUCACAGCAGUCGCGGUCGCUAUCAUUGUCAGUGGAAAAGAAAUCAGAGGCUAAACGCGUGUGUAAGCCAAAGCAGCCGCAGCGUGGUUCAGAAUCAGAGUCGGUAAACGGACCAGGCAGAGACAGCGGCUUGGCGUCUUCGCGCCUCGACCAGUCGGCCACGUUACCGGGCCGGGGCGCAGCAGAGUCUGAACCUGAAGCAAUGGAGGGCAUGCUUUAUCGAAAGCAGGAGAUGGAGUCGCACAGUAAAAAAGCAGCUACUAGGUCAUGGCAGAAUGUGUACUGUGUCCUAAGAAAAGGAAGUCUGGGUUUCUAUAAAGAUGGCAAAAGCGCUAGCAAUGGCAUCCCCUACCAUGGAGAGGUCCCUAUCAGUCUUGGAGAGGCCAUUUGUGAGAUCGCCAAUGACUAUAAAAAGAGGAAACAUGUAUUCAAGCUCAGGCUAGGAGAUGGAAAAGAGUAUCUAUUUCAAGCAAAGGAUGAGGCUGAAAUGAGCUCCUGGAUCCGCUCCAUCCUCAGUUCCAUUCCGACGGGAUCAGGAGACUCGCCGGGAGGUCCGCGAGUCCUCAGCCGCGCGAUGACCAUGCCUCCCAUCUCCCCCAUCUCCCCUGGCUCAGCUGAUGCCGGAGGUGUGACCAUGCGCAACAAAGAGGGUAAAGAUAAGGAUCGUGAGAAGAGGUUCAGCUUCUUUGGCAAGAAGAAAUAGAACAUUUGUCAAACAACCUGGAUGUGUCCAAUUGUCCCACAAACUGAAAGAGUCCAAACAACACACUGGUCUCAGUGCAGCCCUGAGGCGCUACUACUGUAUGUCGACAGCUACAGAAAAUGUACUCUUAUUUUUUUCCCCCUUUCAUCACGGGUUUCAUCUCUCGCUUUCUUUUUGGGUCUCCAUCUAAGUGCUUCUCAACCACGGAGACAAAACCCACCAUAACCAACAUAACUAUGUUGGUUGAGGAAUCGACAAGGUCCUGUUUAUCUUCUGUCAGCUAAAUAGGUUCUCCUUCAUUUUGGAUGAUCUGUAUUACUACUGUGUAACUCGCUGAUUGAUCAAGGAUCCCCUUCCACACUCUCACACAACACACACACACUUUUAAUCACUUCUCUUUUAAAACAAUCACCUCAAUGCUCUUCUUUUUUGCUUUGGGCCUCAAUGUUAUUAACUUGACCAAUAAUAUUUCCGUUAUUAUUCAUCUUUUCUUAUUGCUGGUUUGAAGAAAACUAAUGAUUAUCUUGUGAAGAUAAACACAGUUUGCACAACUAGUAGAGAAUGUUGAGCUUAUCCUUGUAUGUAAUAUUAUUAUUAUAUUAUUAUUAUUAUUAUAUUAUCAUUCUUCCUUUCUUUUAGGGAUGACCGUUCUUGAGGUGUGUUUGAAAAAUAAAACUAAUUUGGUUUUAUCAGUUUGCAGUAAGUAAUCACAAGUUAAAUUUGGACUUUGAUAUAUAUUUAAUAUGUGGUUGAAAUUUUUCUUAAUUGCUAAAUUUGCCUGUUUUCGAUUAUACUGUUGGAGUGAUAUUUUCUGCUUGAGUUUUUAUGUUUUUUUGUCUGUACAAAGCUGAGAGAAUUAGUUUUUCUAGUGAGUGUGUGCGUGAAUUGUGGUGAUGUGGAUUUUGCACGUCAAUAUUAUUCCUCAUCAAAUAUGGCCAGGUGGAUGCUACUUUUUGGUACUCAAACAGAAAAUAUUACUGGAAUGCUUUUAUGGGAGAGAAUGCUUUCCUUUUUUCUUUGCUUCCGGUUUUACUACUUGUAAGCAAGGAGGUUUCUCCCUAUUGUGUUUUUUAUUUCUGUUUCAAUCAUCUCUUUGUGUUGUUGGUAUAAUGGAGGGAAGACCUUUGGGAGAACUUAGCAGCUAAAAAAAAAUCUGAAGACUUGGGGGAUGCACAAUAUAUGAUGGGUAUGAUUUAGGGAAGAAUGUUGCAAAGUCUGACCGCCUUAUUUGAAUAAAUACGCAUCACCUCCAUUCAAAUGUUUUUCAAAAUAAGCUUUCACGGUAUUAAUAUACAAAUGUGACGAUCUGGCUGUGGACGAAGCUGGUAGAAUAUGCCUACGUAAGACAAAAUGCUCUAAAAAGGAUCUUUGUGCUUUGACAUUUGUGGCAUGAUUAUACUGUAAGUAUAUAUUUGUGCAUCACCAUCACCCUAUCUGUGUCCAUUAAUGCAGAGAAAAUGUGAUUUGCUUAGUUAUCGGGGUCAGAGAACAUGUAAUCGGCAUCUGUAAUAAAUAGAAACAAGGUAGCUCAGAUAUAAAAAACCUAAUAAUGUUGUAUUAAAUUCCUCCAAGAACUGUACAUGUUUAAAAACACACAUGCAAAGUGUUUAGUGAAGCAGUGUAGUGCAGUUCUAUAUGGAUAUAACUAUUGUCACUUUCAUCCAGGUGUCAAGUUGCCUUUUCUAACUGCCAAAAUCCAAUAAGACAAUUAAGAAUUGAAGGGUUUCAGUGGGUUAAGUUACAGGUUAUUGGUUAGUAAGGAUAAUGUAUUGCAUCAUUUAAGUUGUCUGAUCACAACAAGCUGCCAGAGGAAGAUGUAAACCUACAGUAAGGUUGCACUGGAUUAACUAUAUUGCUUGGCCUUAUUUUCUAGUUCUAAAUGAAUGUGGAAGCAUUACAAGCAUUGCUCCAAUCCAUAAAGAGAUCUAGUCGGGGUACUAAGAUAAAUAGAAAGCUGGCGCUGUUACUUUGAGCACAAAGAUUUGAGGUCAAAGGUCACACAGUGUAUUUUCUUACUUUCUUCAGCUUGUUUGAAUGUACAUUAAUGAAAUUAGCUAGGCCAAAUUGGUCAUGUGAAGCAAAAAAACACAACCAAACCAAGCAUACUUUUUCUUCCACACUUGCAUAUAUACUGUGCUGUAUGCUUAAAGCAGGGAUGGCAUUUUCCUCGAUUAUGUGUUAUUUCUAUAAAAGAAAAGUGAAGCUCUUUGACAAGAACAAAAAGUUGGCCGCCAGAAGGGACAUUUUAAUAACUUGCUUUUUUAUGAUAGAAGUGUAAACAAGGACUGAUGGUCAUUUCAUUUUGUAGAAGAAUGCAGGGUAUUUGCAGUCUUAGUUAAAGCUGAUCAUUUUUCAUUCUGGAAUCUUGCAGCAUUUGAUAAAAAAAAAACCUUCAUUUUACUGUUUUUUCCCCUCUGUAAAUUAGAGCUGUUAAUACCACUACUACUAUUAAUUGCUAUUAUGAUCAUUAUUGCUACUGUUGUUACUAUUACUACUACUGUUACUAAUUCUGCAAAAAGUGUAUUUGCUGUCAAUUUUUUUCCAGGUACGUAUCUGUAAUACCAGACCUUUCCACAUGGUGUCAGUGUGCCGUGGAGCAUUUUCAUUACAAUUCAAGAAAAAUAAUGUUUGUUGACUUGUGUAUCUACAUCGACAAUAGUAGGAAUAAUAAAACGUGGUUUAAUCAAAAAA